AUGGUGUACAUCUUGAUUUCCUUUUCUUUUUUCCCUCUAUUCUACAUGCCAGUCCCAGCUUUGGAAAUACUGUUUCUUCCAACAAUUGUUUCCUUUAGGUACCGUACUAUAGUUAUAUAUACUGUUCAUUAUCCUUGCCUGAUCUGGUUGUCAUUCAAAUACCAUCCCGAGCCCAUACAUAUCACACGGAUUUCAGGGAUAUUCCAUAGAGGAAGAAAAUCGACAACCAAAACGUAUCCGAGGAACUGCGCGGCUAAUCGAAAACGAAAACAGAAAAUGGUUCAACGAAACGUCACAAUCGCCAUCAUCCUCAUUAUACUAUUCUUUCUUCUUGCUGUUGUCGGGUUUAUAAUCUUCUACAUCAACAGCCGCCUGGGCUGGUUUGCGAGGGCAAGAGAACGGCUUAACGACGCCACGAAGAGAUUGGAAAGCCACUUGCACGAGGGGGAAAAAUAUUAUGUUGAUGCAUUUAUGGGAAUCACGACUCUCAUCUAUCGAAGCUAUUACGAAUAUGAUCCAGGGCGUUAUAUUUUGCAAGGUGAUCUGUUUUGUGUUUUAAGGAAAACAUUGGUUUAG